AUGGAAAGCGCCCUCGGUCAAGGUGUAACAAUCAUCUUUUGCACCAUCGGCAUUCCUAUGACCAUGCUUGCCAUGAAGUCACUGUGAGAACUAUUAGCCAUCGGCGUCAGAUCCCUGGUUAUCAAAACUGAAACCAUUCUUCUCAAUAGGACCGAGCCAAGGCAUGUGAAAUUGAAUACAAUCUGUGUGUCGGGUUACAUAAUUGUUUUCCAGCAUGUCAUGCUGGCGAGUUUGUCAACCUCCUUUACUGCAAACUGGAGUUUCUUAGAGAGUUUUUACGCGUGGUUCAUAACUUUGAGUACGAUCGGUUUUGGCGACUAUGUGCCUUUGAAAAAGUUUUCGAGAGAAACAGAUGUAGAAAAAAUGUCGAAAUUGCUUCUUAUAUUAUAUAUGGUUCUCUUUUCCCUGCCAUAUGUGAUGAGCCUCAGUUUCUGUUCGUGUAUUUUAUCGCUCCUGGUAGAU